CAACUUGGAAGCUGGGAGGGCCUCAGUCUCCUCGGGUUGCUCUGAACCAGCGGGCAAGAGGAAGAGGAAGCCAAAGGAACCCCUUUAGACUGCCAUGUUUAUCAAAGUGAUGUUUGGAGCUGGCUGCUGGGAGCUGGUGAACACCUGGUGCAGCCCCGUGACCCUCAGAGCCCACUUGAGGCAGAGGGGGCAGGUGCCCCCGGAUGCGAUCAUUGCCCUCCUGGCUGCGGAUGGGCACUUGGUGAGUCUGGAUAAGGGACUGGAGGAGGGGACAUCCCAGGCCCCUUCCAUGGGCAGCCCCCUGCUACAGGAGCGUGGAACCUAUGUCCUCGUGCAGAUCUUCAAGGGGGAGGGUGGGGCCCCCACCCGCUAUGAGUCCCUCCUGGAGAACCUGGAUGACCAGUAUCCAGAGCUCGCAGAGGAGCUUCGCCACCUGUCAGGCCUACACCCUGCAAGUGAUGGCCAGAAGAGGCGCACGAGCACUCGGCGUGGGCACCAGGAGCAAGGUCCCCUUUCAAGGUCACGAAGGAUGGGCUCCCUGCCCUCCAGGACCCGUUAGCUGGGGCCAGAAGCCGGCCAGCAGGUCCUGUGAUCUGGCACAUCACAGCCAAGUGGCUGAGCUGGACUCCGAUCCAAGGGGGUUGGCCGUGACCUCUACUAUGUGAUCGGGCCCA